CAUUGGUGUUUGAUAUUACGAGAAUAUAUUCUUCGAAACGAUAAUUAUUAACAGCACGAAGGUAUGGCAACAGACCAACCGGUCUGUAAAUUGCAUAAAAGAACAUUAUUCUUCAAUGGGUUAAAAAAAAUACUUAAUCACUUUCAGUAUUCCUGUUUACGAAACAGAUUAAUACUAAAUUUAACAGCAAUAAGUUCCAGACUAAGAAUAUAUAGUUACUUUCUUCGGUAAAUUGUUUAAAAAUAUUAACUACCAAAUUAAGAUUGGUAUGAAAAUGUAUAUGAUAAUAACACAUUAAUUUAAAAACUAUAAAAUAAACUAUAAUAUACUGUAGCAAAUAAAAUUACAUUUGUAUCGUUAGAUUAGUUGGUGGUGUGUACCUUUUGUAAAAUAUUCAGUUAGUUAAAAUAUACAAUAAAAACUUCCAUUUCAUAAAAUUAAAGAAAUGCUUUUAGUCAUUAUAAAACGUUCUUGCGUAAUCAUUUAUCUAUAUUACUGCACUUCUUAUAAUUAUUUCCAUCGCUUUUUCUUAAUUAGAAAUUUUAGUAAUUACUAAGUAGGUACCUAAUAACUACAAGGUACCUACAGUUAAAAUAAUAUUCAACGCCAUAAAAUGUUUUGGAGUUGAAGAAUGAUAUAAAAUUAAAAAUUGUAUCAUAUUUUACCAAGAUCGUUGUUAAAAUAUGUUUCAAAAUAUUUAUUUAAAGAAGAAUUUUAAAUGAUGAAACCAACGCUAUUAAAUAGUAACAAUAUUCAUAUUGGCGUUGAAUAUUAUAAUUUAACAUAAAUAAAUUGAAAUUUGAAAAUCUAUAACCUAAAUUAUUUUCAGAACCCAGAAAAGCUUUACCUAAUUUGAAAACAGACGAACCAGUAUGUCCAAAGGACCAAUUACAAUGUGGUAACGGUGAAUGUAUAAACAAAGAUCUUUUCUGUAAUGACAGACCCGACUGCAAGGACGAGUCUGAUGAAAACGCUUGCAGCGUGGAAACUGACCCGAACCGUGCGCCAGAUUGUGAUCCGAACCAAUGUGUGUUGCCUGAUUGCUUCUGCUCAGCCGACGGUACCAGAAUACCCGGUGGAUUGGAACCUAGUCAGGUACCUCAGUUGAUCACUAUUACAUUCAACGGUGCCGUGAAUGUUGACAACAUGGAUUUGUACGAAGAGAUUUUCAAUAACUCGUUGCCAAACCGAAUGAACCCCAACGGUUGUUCGAUCAAAGGAACGUUCUUCGUGUCGCACAAGUACAGCAAUUAUGCAUUCAUACAAGAAUUGCACCGUAAAGGACACGAGAUCGCCGUAUUCUCGUUGACACACAAAGAUGAUCCGAAAUACUGGACCGGUGGAUCUUACGACGAUUGGUUAGCCGAGAUGGCUGGAGCCAGACUCAUUACAGAAAGAUUCGCAAACAUCUCUGACGGUUCAAUCGUCGGAAUCCGUGCACCGUACCUGAGAGUCGGUGGCAACAAACAGUUCCAGAUGAUGGAACACCAGUUCUUCGUGUACGACGCUUCCAUUACCGCCUCCUUGGGCCGAGUUCCCAUCUGGCCAUACACCCUGUUCUUCAGGAUGCCACACAAGUGUAACGGUAACGCCCAGAACUGUCCUAGCCGAAGCCAUCCGGUAUGGGAAAUGGUCAUGAACGAGCUGGAUAGACGUGACGACCCAACUUUCGACGAGUCUCUGCCAGGUUGUCACAUGGUCGAUUCCUGUUCGAACAUCCAAACUGGUGAACAGUUCGGACGCUUACUCAGACACAACUUCAAUCGUCAUUUCUCUACCAACCGUGCCCCAUUGGGAUUACACUUCCACGCUUCAUGGCUUAAGAGCAAACGAGAAUUUAAAGAUGAACUGAUCAAGUUCAUUGAAGAAAUGUUGAAGAGAAACGACGUGUAUUUCGUCAACAUGUUGCAAGUUAUUCAAUGGAUGCAAACCCCAACUGAAUUGGACAAUAUGAGAGAUUUCACUGAAUGGAAAGACGAAAACAGCAAAUGCGACGUCAAAGGACAGCCUUUCUGCUCGCUAUCAAAUCCUUGCCCAUUGACCACAAGAGAACUCCCAGGAGAGACAAUCAGACUGUUCACCUGCAUGGAAUGCCCCAAUUAUUACCCAUGGAUUUUAGAUCCCACUGGUGACGGAUUUUCAACGAGGAGAAAGCGAAACAUUCACUUGAACUUUAAAAACAAAAAUCACUACGUCUAGUCACAAUUCAAAUCCAAUGUCAGCUAAAAUAAAGACAUAUCAUUUGUGAUUUUUUUUUCUGUUUCGUGCUCUACAUUUCAUUGUUUAUAUUCGUUAGAAAGUAAAUUUGAAUGUAAAAAUAAUAUUCUAAUAAUUAUUAUGAGUACAAUAUUAUUAUAAGUUUACUUAAAUUAUUAUAUUCAUUUUUUUUUUAAUUUUGUAUUUUUACAUUUAAUUUUGCUCAUUUGAACAAAUUUGUUGUGUGUGUUUGAUAAAUUAUAUGAUUUCAUUUAAUGAUAAUUAAUAUAAUUGUAGGAAAAAAUACCUUGUAAAAUACAGUAGCAUUCGAGCAAUUUGAAAAAAUUCAUUGCACUUUUUUAUAUAUAUUGUAUAAUUAAUUUUAGAAGUGUCAAUAAACUAUUAUUUUUGUUUUUA